GAAACAUCAUUAGAAAGCCAGGAAUAUUCUGUUUGCUGGUAGGAGGCUUUUAUUUUUAUCUCUAAUGGAUUAUGGUUAGUCCUCAAGGGAACCAUGACCAGCUAACAUUUUUAAACACCACUGUCUAACCUAGGUGCUUAGUUGUAUUUAAAAGCAUGUUAAUUAUGUGCUAGCUGACAUGUUCACUAAAAAUACUUCCUUUUCCUACACUAGACAGGGACAAGUUAGGUAGAUGGCUGAUCUAAUAAAAGGUUUCCCCUAUGGAUCCAUGGUCUGCUUUUCAGAAAUCCUGGGCUCUUAUUUACUUCAAAAAGAGCUCAAAGUGCUGAGAUCCUUUCACUCCUGUCAGGGGAGCUGCUGUAUAUUUUGUAGGGCCUAGGAGUCCUUGGCAUGUGUUAGGAUACCUAUGUGGUAAGCAAUGUACGACCACAUAAAAAUAAGUUCCUGCCUGGAAGAAUUUACAAUCUCUGGUCGCAAACUCCACUGCGUAAAGGAAGAAGGUAACUGGUCGAGCAUACAUUGGCUCGUGCGUGGAUGCACUAUUCACUUCUUUUUAUGAGCUCGUCCUGGACCAGUUCAUUUUUAAGCGCAUUGCAAUUCCAAGGACGAGCUAGGCUGUUACGAAUUGCUAAAGUCCCGCUGAAGAGUUUGCUAACACAACCGGAACUGGAAUGGCCACAGCACCCAACAUCUGAUCUGAGUUCAAAAACAUGGCUGCAGAUUGGCCCUAGGUUCUUCACAGCGUAGCAGCCAGUUUUUGUCCCGUCCAACGCAGCUCAGCACCCAGGCAUGUUGCUUCUGAUAGGCACCGGCCUGGCCACGGCACCAGGCGCUCCCAAGUCUAUAGGGAUGGGGGCUAGAACACCCCCUCCGAUCCCAGUCGUUAGGCCCACACUGGGCGCUGCAGGACUCUGCGAGCCCGGCCAAACUCCUGCCGCAACAGCAGUUGCGGGGACCCAACGGCUCCGCUGCGCAAAGCCCUGCUUCUCCAGGGCGAUCGUGGCCUCCCGGCAACACACGCGUCUGGGCGAGCAAUCGACGCGAUCCGGCGCCCGGACCGCUCAGCACAAGAAGGACGGGUGGGGGCCCGCGCUGAGGAGGAGCCCGGAGUCAGCCCCGCCUCUCUCCCCUCGGGGAUGCCGGGAUGUUUACAGUCCUGGCAGCAGCAGCAGCAGCAGCAGGAGGCUGGGCUGCUACCGCCGCGGCCGCUCGGUUCGCGCACGGGGAGCCGCGCAGCGAGCGUCCAGCGCGGCCCGGCCCUGCCUCGGCUCUUGGGUGCAGAUCUCUCCGCGGAGGCAGCGAGGCCGGCUCCGGACCCCCGGCGCGAGGAGGAGGAGGGAGACCGAGGGCUGUCUGUGGGUCUACUCAAUAUGGAGAGCUGGAGUGUCUGUUCCUCUUUAGACCCCUGAGGAACUGAAUAGAAGAACAUAAAAAGCCCUGUUUGAUACAAUGGAUGAGCAGUCACAAGGCGUGCAAGGGCCUCCUGUUCCACAGUUUCAACCACAGAAAGCCUUACGUCCUGAUAUGGGCUACAAUACGUUAGCUAACUUCCGAAUAGAAAAGAAGAUCGGCCGUGGACAGUUCAGUGAAGUUUACAGAGCAGCGUGCCUUUUGGAUGGGGUACCAGUAGCACUGAAAAAGGUGCAGAUAUUUGAUUUAAUGGAUGCCAAAGCCCGGGCUGACUGCAUCAAAGAAAUAGAUCUUCUUAAGCAACUGAAUCAUCCAAAUGUAAUUAAAUACUAUGCCUCCUUCAUUGAAGACAAUGAGCUAAACAUAGUGUUGGAAUUAGCAGAUGCUGGAGACCUCUCUAGAAUGAUAAAGCAUUUUAAGAAACAGAAGAGGUUGAUUCCUGAAAGAACAGUUUGGAAGUACUUUGUUCAGCUGUGCAGUGCACUGGAACAUAUGCAUUCUCGUCGUGUCAUGCAUAGAGAUAUAAAGCCAGCUAAUGUGUUCAUUACAGCUACAGGGGUAGUAAAGCUUGGAGACCUUGGACUUGGACGAUUUUUCAGCUCCAAAACCACAGCUGCACAUUCUUUAGUGGGUACACCUUAUUACAUGUCUCCAGAGAGAAUACAUGAAAAUGGAUACAACUUCAAAUCUGACAUCUGGUCUCUAGGCUGUCUGCUAUAUGAGAUGGCUGCACUGCAGAGUCCCUUUUAUGGUGACAAAAUGAACUUGUACUCUCUGUGCAAGAAGAUAGAACAGUGCGACUAUCCACCUCUUCCUUCAGAUCACUAUUCAGAAGAACUGCGACAAUUAGUUAACAUAUGCAUCAACCCGGAUCCAGAGAGGCGACCAGACAUAGCCUAUGUCUAUGAUGUAGCGAAACGUAUGCAUGCACACACUGCAAGCAGCUGAAUAGACAAAAAUCAUGAAGAAAAGAACCAGAAAUUUUCAAGUAUUUUUGUGCAAAUCCUCCCACCCCUUUUUCAUCUGCGUUACAUAAAUGUAGUUAUUCAGAACAGACUGAUGUGCUUUGAACUGUGAACCAGUUUACACACAAGCUUCCUGAGCUAUUUUUUACCAGUUGUAGUUUAAAAAUAUACGUUUAAAUGGUAAAGAAAAAACAGAUUUAAAAUGUAAAGUAUACUAUGGAAAACAGUGGUUCCUGACAACUUUAAAAAUAGCGAUUUCAAAUGUAUUUUCAAAUGUAUUGUGUUAAUAACAAAAUUGCAAUCAGUUGGGAAUUCAGUUCUAAAACAUCAUAGCACUGCAGUUUUGCACGAUAUGCAUAUUAGGCUUAUUACCUAGAAACAGAAGGUUUGAAUCUUUCUCACUUUGUAUAACUUACGGAAGUUAUGAAUCAACACAAUUAAUGAGUUUAUUUUAAUUUUUGUUCUACAAGGGAAAUAAUUGUAAGAGUUUUUUAUGUAUUUUAUAAUGAGUUGUACGUAGUUUGCAGUCCAUCUUCUCAAGAUAAGUGAAGGUGGAAACCAUCUGAUUAGCUGUUUGGCUGAAAUGGCAACUGUUAAAUGUGAGAAAAAGUUUUUUUGGCAAAAUUGUCAGACACUCAAAAAUCUCUGUAACUUGUCCCUUUUCUUUGUGUUAUUGUGACUUAAAUUAACCCAGAAAAUUGACUUUAAGGGUUUGGUUUGGCCAGGUUAAACCCCAUACUUGCAAUUUGAUUGGUAUGGCUUCACCUGCAUACUUGUGCAACACUUCAUUGACUUCAGUGGGUCUGUGCACAGUCAGAUCCUAAAACCCUUGUAGCUUCCUGUUGUGGUAAAUAGGGUUCGUCUGCACAGUCACAUGGCUGUCUGAACAGUCCUGUUUGAAGGAUGAGGGCCUUAAGUUACAACUCCCUAGGGAUUUCUGUUUGUGGUGGUGUUUCUAGAUUUUGUUUUUAAAUUCUUUGGAUGACCGUAUACUACUGUAUUUUUAAUUCCUUCUAAAAAUACUUUUUUAAUCCAAUGCCUAUUGCCCAAAAUACAACUGUUCACUGUAAUACAAACACGUUUCAUAAAAAUACCUGGUUGUAUUAUGUACCUUAUCUUUUUUUUAUAGCCCUAAAAACAUCGUUUUAUAUGCUAUAAAAGUUACUUUAGCUUUUGUAUUUAAAGAAAAAAAAUCAGUGCUGCUUUAUUUGUGUAGUCAGCAUAUUUGUUGAUUAUACUUUAAAAUGUUAUCAUUUCACCAAUAUUUUAUCUGAGUUGGAAAGUAAGUUCAAAAUAUUUUGGUUACACUUAUAUUGGUCACUUUGUAUGCAUGAAUGAUUUAUUUUAUUUGGAAGUGAAAGUAAGUACACACCAAUACUUUGUACUUAUAAAUACGGAUGAAAAUUGAGGUCUAAUUUCUCAGAAUUUCAAGACCAUAUUUUUAAACAAACACAUAAAGCUGUCAAAGUGGUUCAUUGCUGCAAGGUUGAC